CAUAAUAUUUGCAGACGAUGGAAAUAAUUGAUCAAAGAUGAUCGUUAUUUCUGCGACAGAUUGGUGCAUUACUGACACAUGUUUGGUUGUCCAAUUUCAUUCAGGAUGCGCAGACGGAAGAGAGUUCGAGCCUUGUUACUGUCUGCCAUUGACCGACUCAUCUCAUGUUUAGAAUUCUGUCAGGAACUGAGUCAAGGACCAUGGAAGAUGUGUCUGUUUGUUAUCCUGAUAUUGGGGCUGCUGUAUGCCAGUGUGUGGAGGAUCUUCUUAUAUGACCCCUGCAACAGCUCACUCAUCAGAAAACAGCUGUGUAGCCAGUAUCAUACAGGCGAGGUGUCCGGUGCACUAUGUUACCCCAUGUGUAUACAAAAUGUACAGUUCUUCUCCUAUUGUGAGGCAACAGAGGAUGAGAAGAGCUUUGUAUGGCACCAGACGAAGUUCAGGGUUCAGAUGAUUGAUGAGUCUGUGCCGUGGUGGAAGUUGCAAGAAGGCACUUCGAUAUCCGAGUUCAGAGGUCAGGUGUCAUCCUUCUUACAGCAGAAACUUGGACAUUCCAUAUACGAGGACUUAACAGACAAGCUCUUACUGUAUGCAGACUUUAAUGAAGACGGAAAGCUGUCUCUGGCAGAAGCACAGUCACUAUGGAGACUCAUCCACAUACACGAGUUUCUCUUGCUCUUCAUAUUCCAAAAGAGUUCCACAUUCCCUAACAUUAAUGGAACCUGCGGCCAUUUCUAUGGAUUCCAGCAUGCUCCCAUUCCUCGUCUGUAUGACAAGCAACCAAAUAGCUGGCUCAGCAAAUUAUUCACCAACUCCUACAAAUGGGAAUUUCGCUGGGCCAAACGUGCUCGAGUGACCCUCGGCAUUGUGGAAUUCAGCAUGGACAUCUACGAGGAACAGGGCACCAAAUUCCUCAUGUGUAACAUUUCCCCUCUCAAUUUCGGCAUCACCUUCGACUACGAAGCCAUGCUGACGAACACAAAAGACAUUGCUUCAGCCUCUAGCAUCAAGACCCUUCUCCACAAUCAAACAUGUUACUCUGAUUCUGAUUGUCUUUACUCCAGACAUUGUCAGUCCCGAUGUGAUCGGAGGAGUGGAAGGUGUUCAGGGGAGAUAAUUCAUCCCACUUUGUGGUUUAUUUGUGAUAUCAUUAGAGACUAUUUGUUGUUUGAUGCCCCCAAACAUCUGUAUUAUGAGUUGAAGAGAUUGUUAGGUAAAUGCUCUUUGUUGUCAAUGAAAGGAGAUAAUGCUGAUUUAAAGCAUGCUGUCGUAUACCACGAUCUCAAAUCUUUUCUCUGGAAAGAAAUACAAUAUAGACCAGAUGCAUAGUUAAAUUUAGCAGUUUCUUUUCACAACAGUUUUAAUUUUAGUUUAUGUAAUAUGUUGUCUUUUACAACAACAAAAUGUCUGAUAGUGAUUUCAGUAAAUUGUUUCAGGUUUUUAGACCAUGUAAAAUAUCUUUGAUAAAACCAUCACUUAAUACAAUUGGACAUAAUUCUUCCAUAAUUUUCCUUUUCUUUCUGUGUAAAGUUUAAAGUUUGUAUUAAUAUCCUCAGAUUUGGGGAACAUUUAUCAUGCUCGGUAUUGUGGGCAUAUGUUUAAUAGAGUGCUUCAACUCUAGUUAAUUUUAGUUGAUAAUAUCAUCAGAUUUGGGGAGAUAUUUAGCUGUUGAAUAAUGCUCAGUCCCUGAAAAUAUGAUUUAAACAAGAAACUCCCUUUUAACUGAAAUUUAUAAAAAAAGAGACUUAAUUUAGGGCUAUAAUAAAAACUUUAUUUAGUGCUAUAGUGAAGACUACAUUUUGUGCUAUUGCCAUGCAGACUUCAUUUUUGCCAUUGUGGAGACUUCAUUUAGUUCUAUGUGGCAUUUAUAGUGAAGUGAAGACUUCCUUAGAGCUAUAGUGAAGACCUCAUUUAGGGCUAUCUUGAAGACUUCCUUAGGGCUGUAGUGAAGACUUCCUUAGGGCUGUAGUGAAGACUUCCUUAGGGCUAUAGUGAAGUGAAGACUCAUUUAGGGCUAUAGUGAAGACCUCAUUUAGGGCUAUAGUGAAGACCUCAUUUAGGGCUAUAGUGAAGAUUUCCUUAGGGCUAUAAUGAAGACUUCCUUAGGGCUAUAGUGAAGACCUCAUUUAUGGAAAUAGUUAAGACUUCCUUAGAGCUAUAGUGAAGACCUCCUUAGAGCUAUUGUGAAGAUGUCCUUUAGGGCUAUUGUGAAGCCUUUAUUUAGGGCUAUUGUGAAGACUUCAUUUAGAGCUAUAGUGAAGACUUCAUUUAGGGCUAUGGUAUUACAAUGGUGUUGAUCAAAGGGAAAACUAAUAUAGUUUGGUGACUGUGAGACAGACUAUGUUGUAUUGUUAGAUAUGUAGAGACCAUACCUGUUGUUAUAAUAAAGUCAACAUAUUUAAAAAUGUACCUUUAAAACCUGGUUCCUCCAUUAACAUUAAGUACCAUGACUGUAAAAUGAGAUCAAAUGUUAUUCACUUGUCACUUUGUUUUACACCAUAUGGCUAGUUUCAUUUUGAAAGAGUAUUUCAUAAUUAUCAGAUUUUAUGGAAUGAGCUGCAAUUAUGUUGUUAAUGUUAUGUGCUCUGUAUUAUUUGUAUAACAGUGUGUGGUGAGACUAUAUUCUGUGAAUAUUAAUUCUUGCCUUUUCUUUUUUUGAUUAGUAAGUUAAAUUUAGUAUGUUAUAAACUAUAUUACCACUUGUACCAAUGGUUGAAUGUUAUGUAAAUGAGGUGUAUUUAUAUUUAUUUAAUUACUUGUUGUUGGGUUUCACCUGUCAGUUUCAUCUGAGCAACUUCUCGGUUCACGGCCUGUAGGCAUGUGGCAGAUAGAUCUUGUGUCGGGCUGAAGUUUCUGAUUUGUAUUGCACCUUAUGGCCUGCAGUAAAUGUAUGCCUUGAUUGACAUGUUUCAAUAAGCUGAAGGACUUGUUCAAUGGGUUAAGAGUUUCAUCAGGGUGUGCGGCUUAUAAAGUCUGUAAGCCCUGAUGGCAACAUGGCAGAAUAUGUUUUUUAAAACACUGGAAAGUCUUGUGUUGACCUUUUCAACCUUUUCACAGUUGCAUUACUAGAAACAGUCAUCAGGGUUAGAUCUUAAGUCAAAGUUUAUCAAGACUAAUAACAAUAAAAUACCACUUUGAUGCUAAACUAUGUGGAAAUUGGGAAGUCUGUACCAGCCCACAGGAAAUUGUACUAGCCUCGGGCUAGUGUAAGUUAUAACCCUGUUAAGACUUUCUUGAUCUGUGAGGUACACUCUAACCGGUUAAAGGGAAGGUCGUUCUGGUGUGACCUGUAAUGUCCUCGGGGGCAAUGUGACCAGUAAUGGGAUGUUCACAGGUCAGUGUGACCUAUAAUGGGAUGUCUUCAGGUCAGUAUGACCUGUAAUGGGAUGUUCUCGGGGCAGUGUGACCUAUAAUGGGAUGUCUUCAGGUCAGUGUGACCUGUAUUGGCAUGUCCUCAGUUCAAUGUGUAGCAGUAGCAAGAAUUAAGCUCUGAUUGUAAUGAAAUUGUAUUUGAGGUAGCAUGUUGUUGAAGAUGGAAAUCCAACUUCCCUGAAAAUGGCAUGAGUGCUUAACUCCAAAUAUCACCAAACAAUAAAUGGCGCGGCAUCUGCAUUCAGUUAGAGAAAGAUUUUAACUUAAUAUUAUGAAACUGAAAGCCAAUCAAUACACAGUAUCAAGUAUUUUACCAGGAAGAUAUCCCAUUAAUCAGGAGAAUUAAACAAGAGAAUGUGCCAGAUCCAGCACUGAAGCAUUUGACAAGACUUGAUACCAAUUGCACCACAUACUUUGUUUUGUAUUAUUGUUUGGGUGAAGGUUUGUAGUAAGAAGGCAAUAAUUGUGAAGUGAAUGAAUCUCUUUUUGAUUGUCAUAUUAUCCCACAUCCUCUGACAAACAGAAUAUAUAGCUUUUUGAGUAUGUAAUAACAAAAUUCCUGUACAAUUCAAAAAGUACUUUUAUCGCUGGUAUCCCAAAUCUGUUGGUGCGUCAUGAUACAGUACAUAUCCCAAUACGGUUGGUACAUCAUGAUACGACAUGUAUCCCAAUUCUGUGAUUUAGAUACAGUUUGUAUGUCAAUUCCAUAUUCUUUCUGCUAGAGAAUGUCAACCUUCAAUCAUUUGUUAAUAAAUUUCAGACAUUAGAAAGAUGACACUGUAGUGGAGAAACAAAUAGGAUCAAGGCUACUUUAAUGCUAUUUAUAACCUACCAGGAAAUUCUCUAGAAUCUGGAUAAGGGAUGUUGAACGUUUUCUUUUAUAAAUCACAUUUUUACAACAA